CUCAUGUGACAAGGAAAAAGUCAAAACAGGAACAAAAUGGCUGCAAUUGGCGACGACGCCGCAGCAAUGGACAGCAUCUCCAGGGCACCAGCGGCCCACUUAGCGGCUCUGAACGCGGCUGCGAGCGCCAGCAGUCACACGGAAGGCCCGGAGGAUGUGACAGAAAGCCCGGCGGUCGCUCCCAAAAAGCCCAGCACGAACAAUGAUGGUGGUGUGGAGACAGCAGAGGAGGCAGUGGAGCCAGCAGAGCCUGAUAUCAACGAGCUGUGCACUGAUAUGUUUGAAAAGAUGGCCAUCUUCCUGCAAGGGGAACUAACAGGGACUUGCGAGGAUUACCGUCUGUUGGAGAACAUGAACAAGCUCACCAGUCUGAAGUACAUGGAAAUGAAGGAUAUCAGCAUCAACAUCAGCCGUAACCUGCAGGAUCUAAACAACAAAUAUGCUAGCCUACAGCCCUACUUGGACCAGAUAAACCAGAUUGAAGAGCAAGUGUCUUCACUUGAACAGGCUGCUUACAAACUGGACGCAUACUCCAAGAAACUGGAGGCCAGGUUCAAAAAACUGGAGAAGCGAUGAGAGGGAAGAAGAGGCAGACUGGAGAGUUAUGGUGCCUUCUCACCUUCUUUAACCCUGCCUCGCCUUCCUCGCUCCCUGCCAGUGGAGCCAGGAGCUGUGGGGAGGAUGUGAACUGAGACUGAAACAACAAACAGUCAGAGCCACUUUGACACCUAGAGAGGACCCUAGAGGAAGCAGCUGAAAGCACAUGAAUUAGUACUGCAGCAUUUGGCUUAGAUUUAACUCCAGCAUCACUGAUUUUAGCAGCAGUCAUGCAGCCAAGAUGAGGGAGAGUGUGUGGUGUGUGCCCACAUUGUGCAUAUACACUUUAUGUUAAAUAAACCUGCUUAAUUAGUAGCAUAUCUUAAUUGAAUGGUGGAAUCACAUAAUACUAACUUACUACUAAACAUAAAGAAACACAGCAGAUCGGCAGAGACUUGUACUUUGUCGUAUGUAGAUAUUUAUAUGAUGGAGCAUGAUCAUAGAUGUGUUUUUAAUAAAGCCUCAGCCUUUUAAUUCUGAGCAUUUCAGGCAACUGACCUCUGGACAGAUAGAUUUCCACUUGGUCGCCUGACGUGCAUUGGGAUUUGUUGUUGUCACACAUUGAUCUGUCUGGGCUGUGUUAAUAGUAUCACAAACUGAUUAACUUAUAGAGUUUGGUAUAAAUAAAAAGGUUACUGUGUAGAGCACAGAGCAGCUGGAAAUCACACUAUCUCUGUAGAAUGAGUUUAAAGUCUGCAGUUUGAAAUAAAGGAUACUUGAUAAGUAUGAUAGGUUGUUUAUCUGGAGAUUUUGACACUGAAAACUGGAAGUUUUUUAAAUAAUAAAUCAUGAUGUGCAUAUCA